AUGUCGACCAACUCUGGAAACAGCGGAGUCAAAAAUCUGCGGGCAAUGUUCGAGAACAAAGCCAGCGAUCAGUCCACAUCUCCCCCCAGUCGAGGCCGCUCUCCAAACCCCUCCGAAAUAUCCAACAACAGCAGACCUGUCAGUAAAGUCCGUGCAAGCUUCGUUGCCGUUGAAAGACCCAGUGAGAACGGAGGCGCACCCCUGAUAGGCCUCAGAAGGGCCAGCGAAGUGAGCAGUAUGGGGGAGAUUAAAGAGACCGCUAUUGAGGAUACAGAGAGCAUGAAGUCGUCAACGCCAGCUGUCACUACGAAAAAGGGCGAGCCAACGUCAGAUCCACAAUUGGCACCCUCUGCAAACGACGGGACGGAUGAAGGUGGACUAGGUGCCAUUUUGAAGGGAUCUGCUUUUGUCGAGCAUACCCCUUCCAAGCUGGCUCCGGAAGCAAAAAAUCUCACUGAAGCAAUUGCAUCUGGUCGAAUACAAGACAAAAUCCCUCGAUCCCCAUCAAAGCCGAAGGAUGAGUCAAAUGCGGCAGAAAUGGUCAAGAAAAUGCAGGCGACAGAAGGAACCAAUCCUGGGCCACCUCCGACCACUACCCUCCAAACCACCAAGGAUGCAGAACUAGUCAAGCCGCCACCUACGAGACAGCAGGUUAAUACCAAGCCUAUCCCUAGAUCCCCCACAGUGACAAGGCCUUCCCCUCGAACCCCAACUUCGCCAAAGCUCCAUCUCAGAGGAGGACCUGCGAAAAUCAAGGGUGUGAUGGAAUCGGCAAAAGAAGCACAAAGGGCAAGAGAAGCAGCAAGAUUGAAUGCCGAGAAGACAGAAAAGACGCGCGCCUCGGCGCCGACGAAAGACACAAGUGCAAGACCGAGAGCUGCCCCAGAAAGCAUCAAGAAGGAGCAAACCCCUGCAACUCCAAAAGCUACCAGAUCUCCCACUGCAGUCAAACCGAAACCCCCUACAGUACCUGGGAAACUCCCAGCCGCGGCCACUGCCACUACAGCUUCAACGGCUGCCAAGCACGAUACGCAGCAUUCACCAACCGAACCUGAGCGCAAAUCCGUGAAGAAAACAACCACUACAUCGUCAACACGACAGCCUCGGGCUAGUAGCUCAGCCAGCACGUUUUCGUUGGCGAAGAAGGCAUCCCGUACGUCACUGACCAACGGCCACGAUAGACCGAAGUCUCGAGUGAGCACGGCCAAACCAGAUGAAAGUUUCCUGGCCAGAAUGAUGAGGCCCACGGCAAGCAGUGCACAAAAGGUCCACGAAAAGGUGCAUGUCAGUAGUCCACCUAAACACAAGUCGGUGGCUCCAAACAAAGUCAGACAACCUAGUAAGGAGAAGACGCAGCCGCAAACACAUGUUGAAACACCUAUGACGGCCGAAGAGAACAAGGAAAAUUACUCCGACAUUGAUGCGAAUACUCUACCAGAUGUAGCACACCCUUCACCGCUGGAAGUUGUCAAGGAGGAUCCGAUGAAUGGCCAUGCCGAAGAGGAGCCGCCUGCUCCUGAGCCGAUGGUACCGGCACAGAAGGUCAGUGGUGAAGCUGACGAGCUGGAUUAA